GUUCUACUGGGACUUCACCAUGCUGCUGUUCAUGGUGGGAAACCUCAUCAUCAUUCCGGUGGGCAUCACCUUCUUCAAGGACGAGACCACCGCCCCGUGGAUCGUGUUCAAUGUGGUCUCGGACACCUUCUUCCUCAUGGACCUGGUGCUGAACUUCCGCACCGGCAUCGUGAUCGAAGACAACACGGAGAUCAUCCUGGACCCCGAGAAGAUCAAGAAGAAGUACCUGCGCACGUGGUUCGUGGUGGACUUCGUGUCCUCCAUCCCGGUGGACUACAUCUUCCUCAUCGUGGAGAAGGGCAUCGACUCCGAGGUCUACAAGACGGCGCGCGCCCUGCGCAUCGUGCGCUUCACCAAGAUCCUCAGCCUCCUGCGGCUGCUGCGCCUCUCGCGUCUGAUCCGCUAUAUCCACCAGUGGGAGGAG